AUGGAUGUCUUCAAAGACGUGGUCAAUCGGAAAACAAUACCUACCGCGGCCGAUCCCGACGGUCGAUUCCAGUACCAUGCCGAGAGGCUCACCGCUGCGGCCAUCACGCAGACCUACAACUACAUGAUCGAGGGGGGUCUCGAGUACGGGUUGCUGACUACCGGCGAGACCAUUGUAUUCUUGCGACUAGACUGGCGAGAACCCGGCACACUCUUGUAUCAUCUAGCAGAGCCCGCUGUUGAGGUGGCAGCGCAAUCGGGGGAACACCAUGCUUGCACCGCAGUUGGCCAGUACCUGGCAUUUAGCCUGAUGGCUCUCGGCCCCUCAGGAAACCCACCCAAUGUUCGAGCGCAGGAUGAGCGGCAGCGUGUGAUCUUGGGGCUGAGGCGAUGGGCAGAGGACUUUGAGACGACAUUGCGAUCAAUUCCCCGAGACGAGCGAUACGCUCCGAGCAGCUCAAGCUCCGGCUCGCUGUAUGCGCCGACGACUUAUGCAGGCAUCAGCCGGUCACCGCGCGUGCCUCGAACAAGACGCAAACACUGGGCGCAGGAAGAGGACCGUCCAGAUGUGCAGCCAGUAUUCAGGGACCGGGACGACGAGCCUUCGUCGGAUGAGUCCUCACCUCCGAUGCCGGACACCCCGACACCGUCUGAGCCGCGGUCGAGUAGUCAGAGCCAAGGCCCACGGCGCAGCCAGCGCAUUCUGGGCCGAGGGCCGCGCGGGGAAGCUUCACAAGAGCGACUGUACUGCACACAGCGAUGCCUUCUAGGACUAGUCAGAAAAGGUCGCCUUGACGGAACGUGUCCCAACGUUCUCUUGCACCGGCAGGCUAACCUUGCAGCUGCUGAUCAUCUGAUCGACCGUGAGGAGUUCCUCCGGCUCCUAUUUCAGCGGCUGCAGGAGUCUCUCGACCACGGGAUCAGUCGUCUAGAUGUGGGCGGAUCUCGCGGCGUGCUGUUCAAAGUCAGCCUGAUGGCCUACGGCUACACUUUCGUCGCCAAGGGCACGGUGCCGGUCUGCUUGGACGCGAUAGAUCUUCGCGACAUGGACAAGAUCUAUUACUACGACCAUCGGGUCUACAUCGAAUAUAUGUUGCUUCUCUCGCAUGGCAGUCCGAUUGACGAAGCGGUUCGUGCUGGUGAGGUCAAACGGUGUCUGCGGGCGAUACAUCGGGAUGUGCGUCGUACCAAUGUGCUCCGCAAUACCGACACAGGGGAGCUCAUGCUGAUUGACUUUGAACGUUCUGUCGUCAAUGCAGGAUGGAAGCCGCUGGGGAAUAUCGUGCCUAACAAGCGAUCGUGGAAUGGGCAAAGGAAGGGGACUACGGCGCCAUUAUACAGUCAUGCUCCGGGAGACGCCAGUUACGAAGAAGAUAUACUGCAGGCAAGGGUCGAGUUCCCUGAGAAGGACAUCUUUGCAGUGCCCGCGGCAUGUGCCUACAAGCCACGAAAGACGCAUGUCGCUGCCGGCAUGGCUGCUUCAUUGAAAAGUGUACGCACGUCUGAAUGA